AUGACCGUGGGAGGCAUACACGACAGAGGACGAAUUAAAGACACAGCAGAAGAAGCUGAAGCUCCAGGAGCAACAGGAAGAGCUACGCCCCGACGUAUUCCCCAACUUCCAGACGCAGAGGACGAGGCAGUCCAGAAUGGGGCCAUCAUAAUCCUUCUCCAAUCUAUCUCCCAAUUUAUCCACUCAAAGCUAGACUUCAUGUUGAUUUCCCAAACCCGCCAUGAGCUCUUCAUUACAUUUGUGCCGCUCGAGAAGAGAUACGAAGAAUACCUGAGAAACGGAACCAACACCGACGCCUUCCUCGUCAUAAACACAUUUGAUCCGUUUCGCACAGACUACGCUUGCGAUAUGCAGGAAUUCGGCCAGAUAAUUCUCGCGGCUAUACUGAUUUUGAAGCCGGUAGCAUGA